GUUGAACUAUCCAUUAAAAUUCAAAUGCGCAGGGCAGUAUUCUUUCUCGAGUCUUAUAACCAAGCUAGAGUUUCUGUACCAUCCGCUGGACAGAAGUCACUUGAAUCCUCGAUAGCUGUGAACCCGGGUAAAAAAAUGAAGCCAAGACCCCCAAAGCGUUUCAUGGAUCCUUCCUUAUUCAUUGAGACUCCUCCUCGAAAUAAGAUUUUGAAUAUUGUUCCGCAAGGUCAUGAGCACGUUGUUGAGCGUCUAGGUCGUUACCAUCGAACGUUAGGCUCGGGCUGGUGGUUUGUCAUACCUAUAAUUGAUAAGAUUCGAUAUAAUUACAAUGUCAAGGAACAAGGUAUUGAUAUUCCAAAUCAAUCCGCAAUUACAUGUGACAAUGUUAUCGUUGAGAUUGACGGUGUGCUCUUCUUGAAAAUUGUGGACUCCAAAAAAGCAAGCUACAAUAUCGAGAAUCCGGUAUACAACUUGAUCAACUUGGCACAAACAACUAUGCGCAGCGAAAUCGGUCGCAUGACUCUUGACAGCCUUUUUCGCGAACGGGCAAGCCUGAAUGAAAAUAUUGUUGGCAUGCUCCGCAGAGAAGCACACGAAUGGGGCAUUGAAUGCAAACGGUAUGAAAUCAAAGAUAUCAUCGUCAGUGAACUCGUACGUCAAUCAAUGGAUUUACAGGCUGAAGCCGAGAGACGAAAGCGAAAGUUCGUUCUUGAAAGUGAGGGUGAAGCAACCGCAGAGGCAAACAGAGCUACAGGACUAAAAACAGCCCAGCAGUUGGCAGCAGACGCUCAGAAAUAUACCAUAUUGAAAAAAGCUGAGGCAGAUUCUGAGGCGAUUCGCUUGAGGGCAGAAGCAAUGUCGGAUAACAUUGCAAUAAUUUCAAAAGCUAUUGAGAAUACGAAGCACAGCAGCGAGGCAAUUUCCUUGAACGUAGCUCAAAAUUAUAUUGAUAAAUUUGGCGAACUUGCCAAGGAAACGAAUACAGUUGUUCUGUCUCAGCCAAUCAGCGAUCCUUCUGUUUUUUCGACCCAAGCCUUGUCAAUAUUCAAUGCAGUGGCUACAUCGGCCAUGAAAACGACCCCAACAACAAAGUAG